UUCAAACCAAGAUGGUGGCGUUCUUGCUGCAGCAGUGCUGCAUGGAAAUAAGUCCUUCACAGCUCAACUAAAGACUGCACACCUUAUUUGCACAAUGGAUUGUUUACUAUGACACCACCGACGACGGGGAUAUCAAAUAGACAAGAAUCAUGCAGGUAUCGGUAAGGCGGGCACUGCAUCUCCAGGGCAUCGCCCGGUCUGGCCGAUUCAAAAAUGCGCUCCUGAAUUUAGUGCCCCGCCAGCUGACCCCCAGCAGCCGCACCUUGUUCAGUGAGACCGGCGUGUGGGAGAAGAACUAUCGUGUGGCGACCCGGCGCAGAGUGGAGGAAUGGUGGCACCCGCGGAUCAUGGCACAGUGGGCCAAGGACACCCAGGAGGAAAGUCACAACCGGAAAAAGUUCUACGUUCUCUCCAUGUUCCCGUAUCCAUCUGGACGACUGCACAUGGGCCACGUGCGGGUUUACACCAUCAGCGAUGUCAUCGGCCACUUUCAGAAAAUGAGAGGCUACCAGGUGUUAAACCCAAUGGGCUGGGAUGCUUUUGGGCUUCCGGCUGAGAAUGCAGCCAUUGAAAGAGGCCUUGAUCCUGAAGAUUGGACUAAAAGGAACAUCCAGUCCAUGCGGGAGCAGCUGGACAGCCUUGGUCUUUGCUUUAACUGGGAUCGGGAGGUGACCACUUGCCUUCCUGACUACUACAAGUGGACGCAGUAUCUUUUUAUUAAGCUGUUCAAAGCAGGGCUGGCAUAUCAAAAAGAAGCCAUAGUGAACUGGGACCCCGUAGAUCAGACUGUGCUGGCUGAUGAGCAGGUGGAUGAAAACGGUUGCUCUUGGAGGUCUGGUGCUGUGGUGGAGCAGAAGAUGCUUACCCAGUGGUUCAUCAAGACCACAAACUACGGGAAGCCUCUCCUGGACGCCUUGUCUGACCUUCCAGAGUGGUACGGGGUCAAAGCCAUGCAGGCGAACUGGAUUGGAGAAUGUUCCGGUUGCUAUUUUGAUUUCAAACUCAAGGUGAGUGGGAAAGAGACAGGGGAGAUUCUGUCAGCCUACAGCUCCUCUCCAGAAGCGGUGUUUGGUGCAGCGUACCUUGCCAUCCUGCCCUCCCACAGACUCUUGCAUGGGAGCAGUUCAGUCCGCUCUGAGCUAGAGAAAGCUUUCCAGCCAGGCAGAGACUCGCUGACAGUAGUCACCGCUGUCAACCUGUUCACCGGCCUGGAGGUUCCUCUAGUUAUAUCUCACAAGGAGGCCUUUGAUGGAUAUCUAGACACCAUUGUUGGCACACCAGACUCCAGUGACGAGCAUCUGUCUGUGGCAAAGUCGUUAAAAUUAAGGUGGACCAGAGUUCUGCAAAACCAUGAAGAUGGAACACAAACUCUAAAAAACUCUGAUCAGUUCUCAGGACUGACCAGACAGCAGGCGUUUGACUUCAUUACUCAAAAAGCCAGAGAGCUGAAGGUGGGUGGCCACCUGACAAGUCCAAAACUUAGGGAUUGGCUGAUAUCAAGGCAGCGUUACUGGGGCACGCCCAUUCCUGUGGUGCAUUGUGGGUCCUGUGGUCCAGUUGCUGUCCCUGAGGAGGACUUACCAGUGACCCUGCCAGAGCUGCCGGCUCUCACAGGAAAGGGGGUAUCACCUUUGGCUGCCGCCCAUGAUUGGGUCAGUUGCAAAUGUCCGAGAUGCAAUGGCCCAGCAAAAAGAGAGACUGACACCAUGGACACUUUUGUGGACUCAGCCUGGUAUUACUUUAGAUACACCGACCCACAUAACACCACAAGGCCUUUUGAGCGCCGCCUAGCAGAUCACUGGCUGCCUGUGGACGUGUACAUUGGCGGCAAAGAGCACGCGGUCAUGCAUUUGUACUACGCUCGCUUCCUCUGUCACUUCUGCAAGGACCAGGGGCUCGUCGCUCACAGGGAGCCUUUUAAGAAGUUGCUCGUCCAGGGUCUGAUCAAGGGCCAGACUUUCCGGCGAGCAGACAGUGGCCAGUACUUAACGAGAGAGGAGAUUGACUUCACAGGAGAAGAGCCAGGGGUGUUGGGAGGUGGUCAAGUGGAAAUGACCUGGGAGAAGAUGAGCAAGUCUAAACACAAUGGUCUGGACCCCCAAGAGGUGGUACAGCAGUACGGCGUGGACACCGUUCGUCUCUACAUCCUCUAUGCCGCACCACCUGAACAGGACAUCCUCUGGAAUCUUAAAAAGGACACUCUUCCUGGGGUCUUGCGCUGGCAGUCCAGAAUAUGGCAGCUGGUGACAAAGCUACGAGAGGCUCGACAACUCUGUGACACGCCUUCUCCAUCCAUGCUGAAGAAGAAGGAGCUGGCAGAGGCAAAAAAUAUCUGGGAAAACAAGAACUUUGCAAUCCAAGAGGUCACUUAUUACUUCACGGAAGACUUCCUGUUCAAUGCGGCCAUUUCUCGUCUCAUGGGCCUCACAAAUACAUUGAGUAGUGCAACGGUCAGGGUGGUGCAACACAGUGUGGAAUUUGAGGAUGCCCUGGCCGCACUAGUUCUGAUGACAGCUCCCAUGGCACCCUUCCUGGCCUCUGAACUUUGGGCAGGUCUUUGUAAGGUGAACAACCCCAUCAGCAGCACUCUCCAGCGGGGAGGAGACGUCCUGUCAGAGUCCUGGCCCACUGUGGAUCCCAAGUACUUGGAGACCCCCGACUUUGUGGACAUUUCUGUGCUGAUUAACAACAAAGCCUGCGGGAGGAUAACGGUGCCUCUGCAGGUGUCCAAGGACUGUGAUGAAGUGGAGAAGCUGGUCAUGGAGAGUCCCCUGGGACAGACAGUCCUCAGAGAGGCAAACGUCAAGAGAGUCAUUCUCUCUCCAAGGACUGCCCUCAUCAAUUUCCUAGUUGGGGAGUGACCUUUCACCUUUCAACGCCGCUUUGGUAUUGUCUCUUUUUGUCUGCGGUAUGUACAGUAGAGUGUCAAUACGCCAGCAUCCAAUAUCGAUACUUCGGCAGGAAGUGCGAUCAAAUUUAAUUUUAUGUGAAUUUCCGUGUGUCAAAAAUCAUGUUUCAUUACGUGUUACUUUUAUUAUUUGGCUGCUCGACGCUCCUUUCAUCUUGUUUUGACAACACAGACCCGAUCGGCAGGCACGUUUUAAUAACAACUUAAUAAACAUCAAAAGUUGCUGAACAAACAGUGUGACUUAUACACGCAAGUCAAAAUCAUGAAUAUUAUUCUGUUUUCAAUGUAAAAAAAAAUGCAUUGAUAAUAUCAUAACCUUUAUAAAAACGUGUCUUUCUACUGGGCUGGCUAUCAUUAAACACAAAACAAAAUCAGGCGAACAAUUUUUUCUUAAAUUUGUAGUUUUUUGGUCAAUGAACACAAAAAGUUUGUUAAAGAAAAAAGUUCCACAUUCAAACUUUUUAAAGUGUGCACUGCAAAAAGUCAGUGUUCAAAAACAAGAAGAAAAAAAAAAAAAAAAAUUGGGGGUAUUUUACUUGAACUAAGCAAAAUUAUCUGCCAAUAGAACAAGAACAUUCGGCUUGUCAAGACUUUCCAAAACAAGUAAAAUUAGCUAACCUCAAUGAACCCAAAAAUACCUUAAAAUAAGUAUAUUCUCACUAAUAACAAGUGCACAUUUCUUGGUAGAAAAAAAAGUGACCUUUUUGCUCAAUAUGUUGAAUAAUAUUCUUAAAUAAGUAAAUGCUAGUGCCAUUAUCUUGACAUAACGAUAUGCGCUCGGCAUCAUGAUUAUUUUUUUUUCAUGCUUGAAGUAAGAAAUUAUUAUUUUAAAAAAGUAGUUUUAUACUUGCAUACCUGCCAACUACUCCGGUUUUCCCGUAAUUAGUACGGUUUUCAUCAACCUAUUCCGGGUUACGGUUGCAGUGAUAAAAAAUACGGUUUUUCAUUAAUUAAAAAAAAAAAAAAAAUUUAAGUUUUAUUCACGAAAUCGCGUAACAACAAUGACAAUCGACACUGCUUCCUAGGGCUGGGCGAUAUAACAAUAACAAUAUUUAUCGCGAUAGACAUGUGAUCAAUAUCAAUAGAAAAUGGGGUCGAUAGAAUGUUCGAUAAUUUCACUGAGUUCUGUUAGAAAAAAUAGGAAGAAAUGCCAAGACGGAACCGCACGGCAUUCUGGGGGGUUUAGGCAGAGGAAGGGCUUUGGCCUCUCAACCUAUCACGGCCAAGCCUGAACCGCAAGGCAUUCUGGGAAAUGCUAACAGGAAAAAAAAAAAAGCAACAACGGCGAGCUGACGACGAGGAGUGAAACAAAACGGGAAUAUGAGUGCGGCAGCACGAGAGGAAAUUGUAAAUAAAAAAGGAAACGUCACGUCACCAGUUUGGCAGUAUUUUGGAUUUUUUAAGUCCGAUACGAAUCAGAGUAAUACUGUCUGCAAACUUUGCAAGGUCGUCGUCCCGACCAAGCCUGGGGACACGACAAACUUAUUUUACCACCUGAGCCGCUCUCACCCGCUGGAGUACAGCAGUAACAAACAACCACAACCAUCUACAUCAGCCGGUGCAAGUGGAACAGCACCGAAGCGGCAACAACAGACCACCAUCGAGAGGUACUCGGCAGCAGUGCCAUACGACAAAAAUGCAAUACGUUAUAAAGAAAUAACGGAUGCAAUGGUGGAUCAAUUAGCGAAGGACAUGCUACCUACUUAUAUUUAAAAUAAAAGUAUUUAAAUUCAGCCUUUUUUCUCCUGGUCUUUAUUUAGAAUAGUUUGUUUUUUUUAUCAAUAAUUAUCGAUAUCGACUGAUAUGAAACACUUAUAUCGUGAUACAUUUUUUAGUCAUAUCGCCCAGCCCUACCACUGCUUCCCGUAACUUCCUAUCGAGCCAUUCCGAAUGCCAUGCGCGAGGCUAUUUAUAGCACCGCUGCCAUGCACGAGGCACCAGUUGCCAUUGUUUCCAAACGAGCGAACGAUCAUGGAAUCAGCCGGAGAAAAAUCGCAAACGAGUCUUAAACCGAAAAGAAAACUGCAGUCAUUCCGUGAAGAAUAUUCAAAAGCCUAUCCGGGAAUAAUUAUCCGUUCCAAAAAGGGUGAAAACUACGCGAAUUGCACCUUGUGCAGACAAGAUUUUUCGAUCGGACACGGAGGAAUUAGCGAUGUAAAAGACCACGUUGGGACAAAAAAACACAAGUCUAAUGCCUUUGCUAGCGAUACAAGUGGAAAACUUUCAAUGUUUUUCGGAUUUUAGCCACUAAAAGGUAAUGACACCAAUGUUAUCUAUUGGAAUUGUUUAGUACUGUUAUACUGUUAAAAGUGUUUAUACUAUUUAUGCUUUCAAGUCCAAGUUGAAGAAAUCUUGUUAAAUGUUGUCAGCAUAACUACCAAAAUACAGAAGUAUGUCCUUAAUAUUUUUGCAGUGCUAUUUCUGUUGAAAAGUUCAAAUGAUUACAUUAGAGAUGUGAUGUGCCACUUUUCAAGUGUCUGAUGGCUUAAAUUAAUUUUCAUGAAUUUUUCAUAUUUUGAAUUCUUUUGAAAGGCUUACAAAAAAACUACAUUUGAAUUGUAAUUCCAUGCUAUUGACAGGACUAUUAAUUUUAAUGAAGUUAGCUUACCAUGUUUACAGUAUGAUAAUUGUGAUAGAAAUGUGAAUUUUAGGCACAGAAUAUUUUUUACACUUGAACAAGGCAGUAGAUUAUACAAGCUUGGACAGAAAGUUAAUAAUGACACCAAUUUUUUUUUUUAAUGGAAUUGUUUAGUACUGUUUUACCAUUUGUUUACUGUAAAAAGUGUUUAUACUGUUUAUACUUUCAAUUAACAAAUUGAAGUCUUGUGAAAGGUUGACAGGAUAACUGGCAUUAACUGUCAAAAUAAUUUCAAACUAUUGAAGUUAGUUUACAGAAUAAACAUGUCAAUCAACCCAUAUGAUUUUUGCUGUAAUAUUUUUGUUUUGAAAAGUCACUGUGACUGAUAGAAAAGUGAUGGUUUUAGCAACAUUUUAACCUGUCUGAAUGCUAAUAAUCAUUUUGCGUCGGGGGGCUUCGCCCCCCUGAACCCCCCCUGGACCCCCCCUGGACCCUGGCUACUAGGUUUUUCUGAUUUCAAAAGUUGGCAGGUAUGUACUUGUGAGUGUUAAUGAUACAGCUUUGCAUCAGUUGAUAUUCUAGUUUCAAGCAUGUUUUACUCAACAUAGGUCAUGAAAUCUCAGCUACAGGCUGUAAUAUCUUACUGAGAUAAUUUCGGACCAAAACCCUUAAAACAAGUAAAACACUCUAACAUAAAAUCUGCUUAGUGAGGAGACUUAUCUAAUCAGACAGAAAAUAAGCAAAUAUCACCCUUAUUUGAGAUAUUUUAUCUUACUUAGAUUUCAGUUUUUGCAGUGUGAGGUGGGCCUUUAGGGAGUUUCGGGAAGGUGGUAGCAGCUUGAGAAAAAAUAAAGAAAAACCUGUUCCAACCUUGCCAACCUAAAUUCAAUUAGUUUAUGUCAAGUACAGUGAGAGAGUAAACAGUAGUGAUUGGUAAAUGACGCCUGAGUGAGUGUGUGGCCCACUCACUGGCUGUAUUGACACUGCACUGAUACCUUGUUGGUGUUUCAUUAUGGUCAUCUACCCAGGUUGAAUAAAAGUAACUACAUUUUAACUGAAACUAAAAUGUUAGCAAAUAUAAUUAUAUUUUUUGGUAUUUUUAAACAAAUAGGAAUAUGAAACGCCAUAAUAUCAACAUGAUCCCACCAUUUGUCUUUUUUCUUAGUUCCAUUAAAUUGAUGACGGUGACAAAAACCAAACAUGGCACACCACUACUCCGACUUUAUUUAGUACGAGUCGAAAGAAAUGUUCUGGUUUACAAUGUAAUUCAGAUUUGUGCAUUUCAUUUUCCUUUCUGGGUGUCUAUUCAUUAAAAAAGUAAAUUACAAAAACAAUAUAUUUUCUAGCUAUUGAUUUUGGAUGACUAUUAUGAAACAACAACAACAACAACAACAGUAUCAGUGCAGUGUCAAUACAGCUAAUGACUACGCCACACACUCACUGAGACAUAUUUUACCCAUUACUAACUACUACAUUUCCAGCUGCUAAUGGGGAAAGUAAAGUAUUUAUAUUUAACUUUGGUACUGUUGCCUGUCUUCAGUUCUCCAGUCAAACCCGAUUCAAUGAGUCAAGUCACACCACAACAACAAAGUCUGAAAUAGCCUACAGUGCAUUCUAAAUAGAACCCAUGCUUAUGCUCGGUGUUCCUUUUGCCCACAAUGGCGAUAACAUGUUGGGGCUUUAUAUCAUUUACAAACCCCGUUUCCAUAUGAGUUGGGAAAUUGUGUUAGAUGUAAAUAUAAACGGAAUACAAUGAUUUGCAAAUCAUUUUCAACCCAUAUUCAGUUGAAUAUGCUACAAAGACAACAUAUUUGGUGUUCAAACUGAUAAACAUUUUUUUGGGGGGCAAACUUUAGAAUUUGAUGCCAGCAACACAUGACAAAUAAGUUGGGAAAGGUGGCAAUAAAUACUGAUAAAGUUGAGGAAUGCUCAUCAAACACUUAUUUGGAACAUCCCAAAGGUGAACAGGCAAAUUGGGAACAGGUGGGUGCCAUGAUUGGGUAUAAAAGUAGAUUCCAUGAAAUGCUCAGUCAUUCACAAACAAGGAUGGGGCAAGGGUCACCACUUUGUCAACAAAUGCGUGAGCAAAUUGUUGAACAGUUUAAGAAAACCCUUUCUCAACCAGCUAUUGCAAGGAAUUUAGGGAUUUCACCAUCUACGGUCUGUAAUAUCAUCAGAGGGUUCAGAGAAUCUGGAGAAAUCACUGCACGUUAGCAGCUAAGCCCGUGACCUUCAAUCCCUCAGGCUGUACUGCAUCAACAAGCGAUAUCAGUGUGUAAAGGAUAUCACCACGUGGGCUCAGGAACACUUCAGAAACCCACUGUCAGUAACUAUAGUUGGUCGCUACAUCUGUAAGUGCAAGUUAAAACUCUCCUCUGCAAGGCGAAAACCGUUUAUCAACAACACCCAGAAACGUCGUCGGCUUCGCUGGGCCUGAGCUCAUCUAAGAUGGACUGAUACAAAGUGGAAAAGUGUUCUGUGGUCUGACGAGUCCACAUUUCAAAUUGUUUUUGGAAACUGUGGACGUCGUGUCCUCCGGACCAAAGAGGAAAAAAACAUCCGGAUUGUUAUAGGCGCAAAGUUGAAAAGCCAUUAUCAGUGAUGGUAUGGGGGUGUAUUAGUGCCCAAGACAUGGGUAACUUACACAUCUGUGAAGGCACCAUUAAUGCUGAAAGGUACAUACAGGUUUUGGAGCAACAUAUGUUGCCAUCCAAGCAACGUUACCAUGGACGCCCCUGCUUAUUUCAACAAGACAAUACCAAGCCACGUGUUACAUCAACGUGGCUUCAUAGUAAAAGAGUGCGGGUACUAGACUGGCCUGCCUGUAGUCCAGACCUGUCUCCCAUUGAAAAUGUGUGGCGCAUUGUGAAGCCUAAAAUACCACAACGGAGACCCCCGGACUGUUGAACAAGUUAAGCUGUACAUCAAGCAAGAAUGGGAAAGAAUUCCACCUGAGAAGCUUAAAAAAUGUGUCUCCUCAGUUCCCAAACGUUUACUGAGUGUUGUUAAAAGGAAAGGCCAUGUAACACAGUGGUGAACAUGCCCUUUCCCAACUACUUUGGCACGUGUUGCAGCCAUGAAAUUCUAAGUUAAUUAUUAUUUGCAAAAAAAAAAAUAAAGUUUAUGAGUUUGAACAUCAAAUAUGUUGUCUUUCUAGUGCAUUCAAUUGAAUAUGGGUUGAAAAGGAUUUGCAAAUCAUUGUAUUCUGUUUAUAUUUACAUCCAACACAAUUUCCCAACUCAUAUGGAAACGGAGUUUGUAGUUCACAGCCAGGCCCAGGAGUGUAUUCUCCAUGCAGUUUUCAUUCACGUUAAACUAGCGUGGUCUAGUGGGUGAUAUAAAACUGCAGAACUUGCACAAAUUGUCACGUCGCGUCACUAAAUAUGAAGUGGGUUACAUAUGUUGAGAGUUUGUUGUCUUCUAAUUCCUUCACAAAUGUAUCACAUUUGAUGCCUCGUGUUGUAUAGUACUGUGCUGCGUGUGGGGAAGAAUUAAACCCCCCUGGUCAAAGAAGGCUAAUGUAGCCGUGGCACAUAUCAUUUUUCGAGGGCCACAUGGCCAAACAAAGGUGCAACGAAAGCCAAGGUUGCUGUGAAAUUUCUACCCUGGUUAGUUGUAAAUCAGGUUUUUCCUCACUUCUGAAAUAAAAAACGGUGUCAAAUCAGACCGCUGUUAUGCAACUAUUAUGACAAAACCCUUUUUAUUUUUGUAUUAAAUUAUUGCAUUUCUUCAUUUAUUUUGUAUGCUUUUUGUGCAAGAAGACAUUUUUCCACAUCUUCAGUUACAGAAGCCCUUUCACAAUGCCUCUUGGAGCAGAACUUG